GUUGACGCUCCGUCGUGCGCGGCUCUUCGGAUACCUUAGAGACGCGCCAAAUAACCGCGCGUUUUGUGCAUUUUGUUCCGUUUCACGCCUUCCGCUUCGCCAAAAGCGUCGUCGGCGAUUUACAACCAUCGUUGAGCGCCUCACCAGGACACCAUGGCGCACAUCAACGUCGACAAGGAGACGUUCCAGCGGCGCCUGAGGAGGUUAUAUCAAGCAUGGCUAAAGCCGGAUGGCGAAAACGGUUUCGCCAAGAUGGACUGCCUCGUGACGGCCGUCGGCGUCGACGAAGACACCGUCUACAGCAAAUCCGGCGCGCUGCAAACCUGGCUCUUCGGUUACGAACUAACCGACACCAUCAUGGUAUUCGCCGAAAACACGAUCUGCUUACUCGCCAGCAAGAAGAAGAUCGACUUCCUCAAACCGGCGGAAACCAGUAAAGACGAAAACGGAGGCGUCGCAGUCAAACUACUGGUACGUGACCGUAGCGACAAGGAUGAAGCCAACUUCAAAACAUUAAUCUCAACCAUCAAAGAGUCAAAUGGCAAAACAUUAGGAGUAUUCUCAAAAGAAAACUAUGUCGGUGAGUUUAUGGACGCAUGGCGGGCUGCGCUGAAAAAAGAAAACUUCGAAACUGUAGACGUUGGUUCAGCACUCGGCUAUGUAAUCGCGCCGAAAGAAGAAUCCGAAUUAAUAACAAUCAAAAAAGCAAGCAUGGUAACAGUAGAUGUUUUUAAUAAAUAUCUCAAAGAUCAAAUCAUGGAGAUCAUUGACUCAGACAAGAAAGUUAAACAUAGCAAACUCUGUGAAGGUGUUGAGUCAGCCAUCACAGACAAAAAGUAUGUUACAGGGGUGGACACCUCACAGGUAGACAUGUGUUACCCAGCUAUUAUUCAAUCCGGAGGCAAUUACAGUUUAAAAUUCAGUGCUGUCACUGAUAAAAACACCUUGCACUUUGGUUCAAUUAUUUGCAUCCUAGGAGUAAGAUACAAAAGUUAUUGUUCAAAUAUUGCCAGAACUUUGCUUGUAAAUCCAUCCGAAGCUGUUCAAGCAAAUUAUAAUUUUCUUCUCAACUUAGAGGAGGAAGUACUUAAAAAGUUGCAACACGGUGUAAAGUUAUGUGACGUUUAUGAGACAGGUUUGGGUUAUGUGAAGAAAGAAAAACCUGCUUUGGUUGAACACAUGACGAAAAAUUUCGGUUUUGCUAUGGGGAUUGAGUUCCGAGAGGGAUCGCUGACAAUCCAAGCGAAAACUAUGGCGAAAGCGAAAAAGGGGAUGGUUUUUAACGUGAAUAUCGGUUUUCAGUCGCUGACGAAUAAAGAAGCGACUGAUAAAGAAGGAAAAACUUACGCGUUGUUUAUCGCUGAUACUGUUAUGGUUAAUGAUGGCGCUGCGGCUUCGGUUAUCACAGUUUCAAAGAAAAAAAUUAAAAAUAUUGGUAUUUUCUUGAAGGAUGAUGAAGAUGAGGAGGAAAAUGAUGAAGAAAAAGAAAACACUCCGAAGCCAGAGUUGGUAGGUCGCGGUAAACGUACGGCUGUUAUCGAAUCAAAAUUGCGUUCAGAACACACCAGUGAAGAGAAACGUAAAGAGCAUCAGAAAGAACUUGCGAUUGCACUCAAUGAAAAAGCUAAAGAACGACUGGCAAAACAAGGAGGAGCGAAAGAUGUCGAAAAAGUACGCAAAAACACAAUUUCCUACAAGAAUUUCAAUCAAAUGCCGCGUGUACCCGAAGUUAAGGAAUUGAAACUUUACGUUGAUCAAAAAUACGAAACUGUCAUUUUACCCGUCUAUGGUAUACCUGUACCGUUUCACAUCAGCACGAUUAAGAAUAUUUCACAGAGUGUUGAGGGUGAUUACACUUAUCUGCGUAUUAAUUUCUUCCAUCCGGGUAGUACCAUGGGUAAAAACGAAGGCGGUACUUACCAGCAACCAGACGCCACUUUUGUUAAAGAAGUAACCUAUAGGAGUACGAAUACUAAAGAGCCGGGUGAAAUCUCGCCGCCAUCUUCGAAUUUGAAUACGGCUUUCCGAUUAAUUAAAGAAGUGCAGCGAAAGUUUAAGACAAGAGAACAAGAGGAGCGUGAGAAGGAAGAUUUGGUUAAGCAGGAUACGCUUGUAUUGUCACAGAAUAAGGGUAAUCCGAAGCUGAAAGAUUUGUAUAUUCGGCCGAAUAUUGUCACGAAGAGGAUGACUGGCAGUUUGGAAGCGCAUUCGAAUGGGUUUCGGUAUACUUCUGUCAGGGGUGAUAAAGUUGAUAUAUUGUAUAACAAUAUCAAAAACGCAUUCUUCCAGCCGUGCGAUGGUGAAAUGAUUAUUUUGUUACAUUUUCACUUGAAGCACGCGAUUAUGUUUGGUAAAAAGAAACAUGUAGAUGUCCAGUUCUAUACUGAAGUCGGUGAGAUUACGACAGAUUUAGGCAAACAUCAACACAUGCAUGAUCGGGAUGACUUGGCGGCUGAGCAGUCUGAACGUGAAUUGCGACAUAAGUUAAAAACUGCUUUUAAGAGUUUUUGCGAAAAGGUUGAAAGCAUGACAAAACAAGAAAUUGAAUUUGACACACCGUUCAGAGAGUUAGGAUUCCCCGGAGCGCCGUACAGAUCCACCGUUUUACUUCAGCCAACUUCCGGUUGUCUUGUGAAUCUCACCGAAUGGCCGCCAUUUGUAAUCACGCUGGAAGACGUGGAACUAUUACAUUUCGAACGUGUACAAUUCCACUUGAAGAAUUUCGAUAUGGUGUUUGUUUUUAAAGAUUAUGGCCGUCGAACAGCCAUGGUAAAUGCAAUUCCGAUGAACAUGCUGGAUCAUGUAAAGGAAUGGCUGAAUUCAUGCGAUAUUAGGUAUGCGGAAGGUGUGCAGUCGUUGAAUUGGGCGAAGAUUAUGAAAACAAUCACCGAUGAUCCGGAUGGAUUCUUCGAAAGCGGAGGAUGGACGUUUUUGGAUCCGGAAUCUGACGAGGAAAAUCAAGCAGCUGAGGAGGAUAGUGAAGCAGAAGAUGAAGUUUAUGAACCGUCGGAUGUUGAUUCAUUCUCGGAGGAAAGCGAAGAAGAUUCUGAGUAUUCCGAGGGUGAUACUGAAGAGGAUGAUGACGAUGAAAGUAACAGUGAUGAAAGUUUAGCGAGUGAUGAAGAAUCCGGUAAAGAUUGGUCCGAUUUGGAGCGUGAAGCUGCCGAAGAAGAUCGUGAACGUGGCGAUUAUCGCGGCGAAGAUUUCGCCGGCAAAAACCGAAAAGGUGCACCGCCGUCAUCUUCGCGUGACAAACACAAGUCGAAACAUAGCAGUAAACAUGGCAGCAGCCGCGAUAAACACAAUAGUUCCCGUGAAAGUCAAAGCAGUCGUGAUCGCGACAAGCGCAAGGAUCGCCACAACUCACAUUCGAGACAUUCCUCUGGGUCCAAGAACAGCCACCACUCGAAAAAGGAGUCGCCUUCCAAGGAUAAACACCGCGAUAGAAAACGUUCUCGCGAUAGCAGCGGCGAUAAACACAGGUCGAAACGAUCGAGGAAAUAAAUUUCAAACACACACACAAACGAAUAAGUUUAAAACCAGUACACACACCAUAAAUACAAAUCGAGAACUCUGAAACACAAUUCGAUGUGAUUUACCUUUUAUACCCCCGGUGCGAGGAUGUGGACGUUGAUGUUUCCUUGCUAUGUGCUUUUAAUACACCUAUUUAUAAGUAACAGAUAAAAACAUGUAACACUUGUACAAAGACACGUUUUUAGGUUUUUGUAGAUUGAUUUUUGAGUAGGAAAGAUCACACAUGAAAGUACCGCGCAUAAUGUUAGUAAUUCGUUAAGUUUAUAUCGCUUAAAUAAGUUAAUUGAUAUUCCAUGAGACAUUUUCAUAAGUUAUUAAUUCUCUGUUUUGAAAAGUUUAUGUGCAGCCAUUCGUGGUUUGAAUUAUGUCAUCAAACACAUAUUUGUAUUCUGGAUGUACUAGUUUAAGAUUAAUUAAAUUUAUUUUUCAACUAA